AUGUUGUGGCGGUUCAUGGCCAUCCAGAUACCACUGACCCACAAGGACCACAUGGGCGAUUCCCCACACAAAUUUCCGUCUCUUGCCUUGGAUGGCCACCUUGUCGCUUCCCGGCGGAGACAUGUCGCAGUCCGAGGGCAGUACCACCGGUCCCCGUUCGGCGACGAACCCGAGGUUGCCGCGCUCGGCGACUUCAACGACCGAGUCGUCGUGUGGGUGGAGGCGCACGGGAGUCGAUCAGGUCAUCUCGAUGGCGGCAGGAAUUCCUCGCCGCUCCCGGCCCUCCCCUGGUCAUUGUCUGUCGAGAUCCUCGGUAUCCGGGACGGCACGAGAGACUCUGGACCCACGAGCACCCGCUUCGCUGCAGACCGCGCCGCGCCGAACGAUGACGUUCUCCUUCCCCCCCACUGCGCGAACCGGGACGCGCCCCUACAACAGGUGUUGUACUUGGUCGACCUCCAGUCGCCCACGACGCCUCCGUCGAGUUUCCGUUGUCCAUGUUUCAUCUUGACGUCGCUCGGAUAG